AUGGAGAGAUAUUCUUAUAGAAAAAAUUAUGAUAGAUUAAAGAAAGAAGAUAGAGAUUGGCGUAAGUAUAAGGAUAGAAUUUCGUAUAAAGAUAGUGAUAGUGAAUAUAAUAAUCAUUCCAAAAGAUCUAAGUCAAGACAUAAACGAUCUAAAAGUUCUGGUCAUAAAAAGUCUAGACAUAGAGAUUCCUCUGAAUCACGUAGAAAAUCAACGAAACAUAAAAGCAGAAGAAGGUCAUCGUCAUCUUCAUCUUCAUCUUCAUCAAGUUUAAGUGAGUCUAGCAGUGUAUCCUCAUCUAAUUCUUCAUCGAAUUCCACAAAAUUAUUAGAAAAACUUCAAAAACAACGUCAGAAACAAAUUGAAGACAGAAAACGUCAAAAGGAAUUAAUGAAAGCUACAGAAACACCAGAAGAGAAAAGAUUACGUCGUUUAAGAAAGAAGGAAGCUAAAGAACGUAAAAGAAAAGAAAGAAUGGGCUGGGACAAUGAUUAUUUACAUUAUACAAAUACAGAUAAUCCAUUUGGUGAUGGAAAUUUACUUUCAACAUUUGUAUGGUCUAAAAAACUUGAGAAAGAAGGUUUACUUGGUGUAAGUAGAGAAGAAUUAGAAAUUAGGAACAGGUACAAACAAGAAGAAAAUAAAAGAGAAUUGGAAAAAGUUAAAAAAAGGAGACAGGAAAGAGAAUUGGAAAGACAACAAAGAGAAGAAGAAAUGACAAUGUUACAAAGAGGAAAAGAAGCUGCUCAGUUGGAGCAAUGGGCUAGGCAAGAAGAUCAAUUUCACUUAGAACAAGCAAGAUUAAGAUCACGUAUUAGAAUACAAGAUGGUCGUGCUAAACCGAUUGAUCUUCUUGCCAAGUACAUCAGUGCAGAAGAAGAAGUUGAUGCUGUAGAAAUGCAUGAACCUUACACUUAUUUACGUGGAUUACAUGUGAAGGAUUUAGAAGAUCUCAUUGAAGAUAUUAAAGUUUAUAAAGAAUUAGAACGUGGUAAAAAUUUAGAUUAUUGGAAUGACAUUACAGUAAUUGUUGAAGAUGAAUUGCAUAAGUUGCGAAAAUUAGAAAGAUCAGAAUAUGAAAUUGCUGUUGGCAGGAGGGAAGGAAUACAUGAAUCAGUAGCUAAAGAUGUGACUGCUAUCUUUAAAGGAAAAACAGCAGCACAAUUAGAAGCUUUGCAACUACAAAUAGAAGCUAAAAUUACAGGAAAGCCUGAAGGUGUUGAUAUAGGAUAUUGGGAAAGUCUUUUAUCUCAACUUAAAGCGCAUAUGGCAAGAGCACGGUUAAGAGAUCGGCACCAAGAAAAUUUACGGAAAAAGUUGGAAGUUUUAAUUGCUGAACAAGGUGUAGCUAGAACGGAAAAUGAAACCGAAACUUCACAAAUGACUGGUGAACAAUCAGAAAAGCAAGAAGAACCAGUUCCCAGUACGGUUACAGAAAAAAGUGAAGAAAGCCAAUCAGAUGACGAUCAAGAAGCUAAUAAUGCAGCUGAUGUUUUCUUGUCAGAGUCUUUUUGUGAAUAUGAAUCAGGAGGCUAUUCUCCAAAGUAUAUACCGUAUUCUCAACUUGAACCAGGGACAUUAGUUACUUUAGAAGAGGACGACAAUCAACGAUUAGAAUAUGCAAGAAAUCAAGUGCUCAGUACAGGUCGAAAAAUCCAGAAUGUUAUGACUGCAGAAGAACAAGCGAUGCACAGAGAAGCACGUAAAAACAUGAGUUCUGAUGAAGCACAAUUUAGUGUCGAGUCAUCUUUAGAAGCACAAAUUUAUCUUUGGUCUGACAAGUAUAGACCUAGAAAGCCAAGAUACUUCAACCGAGUUCAUACUGGUUUUGAAUGGAAUAAGUAUAAUCAAACCCAUUAUGACAUGGAUAAUCCACCACCAAAAAUUGUUCAAGGUUACAAAUUUAAUAUAUUUUAUCCAGAUCUAAUAGAUAAAAAUACAACUCCUGAAUAUUUUUUGACACCCUGUGCAGAUAAUAAAGAUUUUGCCAUUUUACGAUUUCAUGCAGGUCCACCUUACGAAGAUAUCGCAUUUAAAAUCGUUAAUAGAGAAUGGGAAUAUUCAUAUAAACGUGGAUUCAGGUGUCAAUUUCACAAUAACAUCUUCCAAUUGUGGUUUCAUUUCAAGCGUUAUAGAUACCGACGAUAAUGUAUUGAUCUUAUGUAUGUACGUUAUGUACAUCUAUUGUAAAUAGGAAUUAUUUAGCUUUUAUAA